AUUAAAUAUUAACUUUUAUUGAGGUUACCAAUAUUAUCAUUUCACUUAAUUAUUUAAAUAAGAUUAUCAAUACAAGUUCGUACAUUAAGUAAAUUAAGGCACAUAAAGCGAUAAUAUUUACUGUUUUUUGUUGGUUUUACGCACGAAAACAAUUUUCAUUAUCUUAUACGGUUGCCAAGAAUAAAACAUCAAGUGUACUGCUGUGUUCUACUUCUUUCUUGACAGAGACCGGAUCGUUUUACAACAUUUAUACGUUUCAACUUGUAAUUCUCUUUCGAUAAAACUCCAGGAAAGAAAGUCUACCUCGAAUAGAAAUGACCGUUUCUGACGAAAAUGAGGUUCAAUUACAACUUUACGCCCGAGCACCAUCCCCAUCAAGAGAUUAUUAUGGAUUAACGAUCACUCAAAGUAAAAUUAUUUUAAACAUUUGGAAUGUUUCAUAUGGACCUCAUGUGUAUCCAAAACGUCAUAUUUCAUCACUUGAAGAUUUUGUGGAUGAACGUUACAUGCAACAUGAUAUUCAAAGAACAUUCGGCGAUUAUGCUUUGAGUUUUGUAAAAAGUUUUGCGGCUAAAGAACGUCGAUUGGAAUGUUUACCGAUGAAGAUUUUUUUGAAAAUCGCACGCUUUUUAGCAACAAAUGAUAUUUUACAUUUAUCGCAAACUUCAAAAAUAUUUUUCGAUAUUUGUAAUUCGGAAGGAAUCUGGCGUAUUCUUUACAAGAAAAAAAUUAAACGAAGAGUAAUGUUAAGCGAUAUCGAGAGAGGUACCGAAAUCGGUUGGAAACAAGCUUUAAAAACGAAAAUUUAUACCAAAGCAACGCUAAGAAAUUUACUGGAAAAAAAUGAAACCAGAAAAUUAACAAGUAAUAAUUUAACUUCAAAUACAACUCCGAAUGUUUUAUUAGGAAACCCAACCGAUUCUAAAUACGAUAAUCAUAAUAUUAGUAAAAACGUUAAACGUAUCGAAGAAGUUAACAAAAAAAAUGACACAAAAAGAUUUACCAAAAGUGUGGGUAAUUUGAAAAAAAAUUCUUUGAGUAAAAUUGAAAGUAUUGACCCGUCUAAACCAUUAAUUCGUUCAAAAAAUGAUGAAACCCUUCAAAGUGAAAUUAGUUAUCCUAUUAAUAAAAGCAAAUUAAAGAAUGUAAAGAAAGAAUUUGACGGAUUGAUGGGGAAAAGUACAAUUAAAGUUAAAAAUGCGGUUAAGAAUCCUGGUGGUAAUUUGAAGAAAUAAUAUUGGAUUGUUUAUUAUAUAUUUAUUAAUAUUUUUGAUGUGUCAAUAUUUAAAAUAAUAAAUAUGAAGAAGUCUUCUAAUUCGUUUUAAA